AUGCCGUCACCAACAGUUGGCUUCCGGGAGGGCUUGGGCCUGGGAGGCGUGGCCAGGAGGACGCUGGGGAUAUGCUUCCUGUUGACGACUGUAUUUCUGUGGACUCUGUCCAACUUUCUCGCCAGCUUCAUCUUCUCCGACCAGACCUAUGAUAAGCCCUUUUUUCUCGUCUAUUUCAACACCUCCAUGUUCGCCAUCUCUUUGAUACCCAUGUUCAUUCGAUAUUUAGCGCGAAGAGGAGUCCACGGACUUCGAAGCGAUAUCAGACGUAUGUGGGCAGAAUGCCGAUACCAAGCUGCCAUCGCGAGCCCUACAAUAGACGAGGAGGGCCCAGAAGUACACGAGCGCUUGCUAGUAAACGAGCACAACCCCGUAUGGAACUCUACAGAUGAGAAGCUUGGAUUCCGCGAAACGGCCAUCUUGAGCCUCGAGUUCUGCAUCCUCUGGUUUCUGGCGAAUUACCUGUCGUCUGCUUGUCUCCAGUACACCAGCGUGGCCAGCGUCACAAUCCUAACAUCCACAAGCAGCGUCUGGACACUGGUAUUCGGCGCCAUCUUUGGUGUCGAGACGUUUUCCAUGCGCAAGCUGAUUGGGGUUCUCGCAUCCCUCACCGGUGUUGUGCUCAUUUCAAUGGUGGAUCUAUCGGGCAAGAGUGACGAGAACAGGGGAUCGUUUCCGCAUAAAACCCCCGGGCAGAUUGCCCUCGGAGACACGAUGGCUUUUAUGAGCGCUGUGCUUUACGGCAUAUACGUGACCGUCAUGAAGCGACGGGUAGGCAAUGAAGACAAGGUCAACAUGCAGCUGUUCUUCGGACUGGUUGGAGUGUUCAAUCUGUCGCUGUUGUGGCCGCUCUUCUUCGUCUUACACUGGACGGGAAUGGAGCCGUUUGAAUUGCCUCCCACAAGCCAGAUUUGGACGAUCGUCAUUGUAAAUGCCGUCGCCUCCUUUGUCAGUGACCUCUGCUGGGCGCUGGCCAUGCUCCUGACCACCCCGUUAGUUGUCACGGUAGGCCUGUCUUUGACCAUACCGCUGUCACUCAUCGGCGAAAUAUUCCAGUACCAGCAGUAUUCCAGUUUCAUCUACUGGAUUGGUGCCGCAGUCGUCUUUGUCUCAUUUGUAUUUGUUAAUCAUGAGACAAAGAAAGACGAUUCUGCUGGCAAAGUCACAUCCUCCGCCACCACAACUAAUCCCGGUGGUGUUGACGAGGACAUUGUGUAUGGAUGA